AUGAAGGCGGAAGCGGGAGACAACUCCAUGAUCAACCUGUCGGUGCAGCAAGUGCUGAGUCUGUGGGCGCACGGCACCGUGCUGCGGAGCCUCACCGAGAUGUGGUACUGGGUUUUCCUAUGGGCUCUCUUCUCCUCUCUCUUUGUCCAUGGUGCUGUGGGAGUGUUAAUGUUUGUGAUGCUGCAGAGGCAUAGGCAGGGGAGACUAAUCUCUGUCAUUGUGGUCAGCAUUGGAUUUCUGGGUUCUGUAUCUGGAGCAAUGAUAACCAGUGCAGCAGUAGCUGGAAUUUACAGAGUAGCAGGGAAGAACAUGGCUCCUUUGGAAGCACUGGUAUUUGGAGUUGGACAGACAGUACUGACAUUGAUUAUCUCAUUUUCAAGAAUUCUUGCUACACUUUGAGACUUAUGUGAAAAUAGUCAGUUGAUAUAAGGAAACCUUUUGUCUGCAGAGAAGC